AUGGUUGUGAGUACCCGACUCAUACUCUGCUGGAUCGAGCUGACGACUGUAUCCUUCCCUCAGAAAUUGCGCGUCUCAAUCUCCAUCGAGUUGGAAGGUGUCACCAAUGUCCGACCUGCCGAUGAUGAUUACGAGUACUUUUUCACUGUGAUGUGCAGCUCAUGCAGAGAAGUACAUCCCAAGACAGUCGGCCUCAACCGUAAUGCAAGUGCUCUUUCAACAAUCAACACCACGCAAGGUGAUGAACACGAAAUAUCAGGGUCCAAGGGAAGUGCCAACUUUGUCUGGAGAUGCACAAACUGCAAAAAAGAACACUCGGCCUCAUUUCUUCCUUCUGCCCCCAAGUCCAAAUCUACCGCCCCUCUGCCUUACUCCAACUCCUCCCAGUUUUCUUCAUUUGUCACGUUAGAUUGUCGCGGGCUCGAGUUUACCGAGUUCCAUCUGCGUCGCGGAAAGUGGGUAUGUGAAGGGGAAGACAGUGGCAAAGCCUUCGAGAUUGAUUGGGACGAGCUCGCGCAGGAGGGCGAGGAGAGGUGGGACGAUUAUGACGAAGAUAAAGGGGAAGCUGUCGGGGUGAGUGAGCUGAAGAGCAAGGUUGAGCGGGCCUAA